AUAAUUUUCGGAGUUCAUUGUCUCCGAUCACCGUCACCUUCUACUUCGAGUAAUCUUCUACUGAGAAAACUUUUUCUAGUUUUCCAGAAUCUUCACAAGAAGUAAUGUUGGUUCAGCUUCCUCGCUUAACGAACUCUCUCCGAGACCCCUUCGAUGUCGACCAUGCCUAUCUCCGACGCAAACUCAUCCUCCAAAACCACAACCCUCGCAGUGAUGCCAAUUCGGUUGAGGAAUCAGAGCUUGCACGGAAGAUAGUUCAUGGGUGGGACGAAGCUUCCAUUGAAGUGUGUCAAGCAUAUAAACACUUUAUUGCUGCAGUGGUUGAGUUGAUAGAUGGUGAAGUGGCCUCAGAAUAUUUCCGUGAGGUGGCGUUAUUGGUUUAUAAUCUUUUUACAGGCCCCAGAGAUGAGUAUGAAGAUGAUACGAGGAUUGCCGAGAAAAAGUUGGAAUUGCAAAAACUUCUUGGUUAUGUGGUCUCAGAUGCUAAUCUGCAGAAAGUUGCCUCUCUAGCACAGAGGCUUUUCAAUUUGCAGCCUAACAACCUUGUGACUGGACUUGUUCAUGAAAGGCAAGUACCUGGGAGUGGUGAUGAUGUAGAAUUUGGUGCUAACCUUGCUUUCCAAGCACCUUCUCGGUUUUUGGUGGAUGCAUCUUUGGAAGAUGAGGAAUUUUUGGGGGAGGAAAGUGCUCCACCUUCUUCAGGACGUGAUAGAUGGUAUGAUCAUACUGCCUCUACACAUGAUCAUUCUGCUGUUGACCGGCGGAACUUCACUUUGAGAUGGUUAAGAGAUGCUUGUGAUGGAAUAGUCAGAGGCAGUACUUCACAGCUUUCCCAAGAUGAAUUAGCAAUGGCCAUUUGCCGGGUGCUUGAUUCGGACAAACCUGGUGAGGAGAUAGCUGGUGAUUUGUUGGAUCUUGUUGGGGAUAAUGCGUUUGAAAUGGUUCAAGAUAUUAUAUCGCAUCGAAAGGACCUUACUGAUGCUAUACAUCAUGGCUUGCUGGUGCUGAAAUCUGAAAAAGCAGCUUCGAAUUCACAAUCACGUAUGCCUAGUUAUGGCACUCAGGUUACUGUUCAAACAGAGUCUGAGCGGCAGAUUGAUAAACUUCGGCGCAAAGAGGAAAAACGACAUAGACGUGGAAGUGAAUAUGGGGUUGAAGAUAAUAUGUUGGCUGCAAAUUUUUCUUCUUUACUUGAAGCUAGUGAAAACAAGAGUCCAUUUGAUGGUCUAAUUGGGAGUGGAGAAGGCCCACACUCAUUACCAGUUACUGCCCUUCCUCAAGGAACUCUCAGGAAGCAUUACAAGGGUUAUGAAGAAGUCAUAAUCCCACCAACUCCAACAGCACAAUUGAAACCUGGAGAAAAACUGAUUGAUAUAAAGGAGUUAGAUGACUUUGCUCAAGCUGCUUUCCAUGGCUACAAAUCACUUAACCGUAUCCAGAGCCGGAUUUUCCAAACUGUUUAUUACACUAAUGAGAAUGUACUGGUUUGUGCUCCAACAGGAGCUGGCAAAACAAAUAUAGCUAUGAUUGCUAUUCUACAUGAGAUUGGCCAGCACUUCAAGGAUGGCUACUUGCAUAAAAAUGAAUUUAAGAUAGUUUAUGUUGCUCCAAUGAAGGCAUUAGCUGCAGAGGUCACAUCAACAUUUAGUCAUCGGUUAUCUCCAUUGAAUAUAUCCGUAAGAGAACUUACUGGAGACAUGCAACUUUCUAAGUAUGAGCUUGAAGAAACUCAGAUGAUAGUGACCACACCUGAGAAAUGGGAUGUCAUUACUCGUAAGAGCAGUGACAUGUCACUCUCGAUGCUUGUAAAGCUCUUAAUUAUUGAUGAAGUGCAUCUUUUGAAUGAUGAUAGAGGGGCGGUAAUAGAGGCAUUAGUUGCUCGGACCCUUCGCCAGGUUGAGUCAACACAGACCAUGAUACGUAUCGUUGGCCUUUCGGCCACUCUACCCAAUUAUUUGGAGGUUGCUCAGUUUCUGAGGGUGAAUCCCGAGGCAGGACUAUUCUACUUUGAUUCUAGCUAUCGACCAGUGCCUCUCGCACAACAGUAUAUUGGAAUUAGUGAGCAGAACUUUCUUGCUCGCACUGAACUUUUAAAUGAGAUAUGCUAUAAUAAGGUUGUUGAUUCAUUGAGGCAAGGGCAUCAAGCAAUGGUUUUUGUUCAUUCACGAAAAGACACUGCAAAAACUGCUGAGAAACUGAUUGAGCUUGCGCGAAGGAAUGAUGAUGUAGAGGUUUUUCAGAAUGAAACACAUCCACAGUUUUCCUUAGUCAAGAUGGAAGUCAUGAAAUCCAGAAACAAAGAUUUGGUUGAAUAUUUUGGGUUUGGGGUUGGUAUUCACCAUGCUGGUAUGUUACGUGCUGAUAGAGGUCUAACUGAGCGGCUUUUCUCUGAUGGCCUUUUGAAGGUUCUUGUUUGCACAGCAACUUUGGCAUGGGGAGUAAAUCUACCUGCUCAUACUGUUGUGAUUAAGGGGACUCAAUUAUAUGAUCCAAAGGCAGGUGGAUGGCGAGAUCUGGGCAUGCUUGAUGUGAUGCAGAUCUUUGGACGUGCUGGAAGACCUCAGUUUGACAAAAGUGGUGAAGGCAUCAUAAUAACAUCUCAUGACAAACUAGCCUACUAUCUACGGUUAUUGACAAGUCAACUACCCAUAGAAAGUCAGUUUAUUAGCUCCUUGAAAGAUAAUUUGAAUGCAGAAGUGGCAUUGGGUACUGUUACAAAUGUUAAGGAAGCUUGUGCAUGGCUCGGGUAUACAUACCUUUUUAUAAGGAUGAGGCUGAAUCCUUUGGCAUAUGGCAUUGGAUGGGAUGAGGUCAUUGCAGAUCCUUCUUUGAGUUUAAAGCAGAGAGCUUUUGUAACAGAUGCUGCACGUGCACUAGACAAAGCAAAAAUGAUGCGGUUUGAUGAGAAAAGUGGGAACUUUUACUGUACAGAGCUUGGUCGAAUUGCUAGCCACUUUUAUAUUCAAUACUCCAGUGUUGAAACUUACAAUGAAAUGUUGAGACGCCACAUGAAUGACAGCGAGGUAAUUGACAUGGUAGCCCAUUCUUCUGAGUUUGAAAACAUUGUUGUUCGAGAGGAGGAACAAAAUGAGCUAGAAAUGUUGGCACGUACAUCAUGCCCCUUAGAAAUUAAGGGUGGUCCUUCAAAUAAACAUGGAAAAAUUUCAAUUCUUAUUCAGUUGUACAUAUCUCGGGGUUCAAUAGAUAGUUUUUCAUUGAUUUCUGAUGCUGCAUACAUAAGCGCAAGUUUGGCUCGCAUCAUGCGAGCGUUAUUUGAAAUUUGUUUGCGCAGAGGGUGGUGUGAGAUGUGUUCCUUCAUGUUGGAUUACUGCAAGGCUGUGGAUCGCCAAGUUUGGCCACAUCAACAUCCCCUCAGACAAUUUGACAAGGAUCUUUCAUCAGACAUACUACGGAAGCUUGAAGAUCGUGGGGCUGACUUAGAUCGCCUCUACGAUAUGCAGGAAAAAGACAUUGGUGCCCUGAUUCGUUAUGCAUCUGGUGGAAAGUUGGUUAAGCAAUACUUAGGAUAUUUCCCAUCGAUCCAGUUGUCUGCAACUGUAAGUCCAAUCACCAGAACUGUUUUGAAGAUUGAUCUGCUCAUAGCUUCAGACUUCGUAUGGAAGGAUCGUUUUCAUGGUGCAGCACAACGUUGGUGGAUCCUGGUUGAGGACUCUGACAAUGACCACAUCUACCACUCUGAGAAUUUCACACUGACAAAGCGGAUGGCAAGAGGGGAGCCUCAGAAGCUUUCGUUCACUGUGCCAAUAUUUGAACCACAUCCACCUCAAUACUACAUUCGUGCUGUUUCUGAUUCUUGGUUGCAGGCAGAGGCCUUCUACACUAUAUCUUUCCAUAAUCUAGCACUGCCAGAGGCUCGUACUUCCCACACAGAACUUCUAGAUUUGAAACCUCUUCCUGUGACUUCACUUGGCAACAGAACUUAUGAACUCUUGUACAAAUUUUCACACUUCAAUCCCAUUCAAACACAGACUUUUCAUGUCCUGUAUCACACAGACAACAAUGUCCUCUUAGGAGCUCCUACUGGAAGUGGAAAAACGAUAUCUGCUGAGCUUGCUAUGCUUCAUCUCUUCAACACUCAGCCUGAUAUGAAGGUUAUUUACAUAGCACCUCUGAAGGCUAUUGUUCGGGAAAGAAUGAUUGAUUGGAAAAAGCGUAUUGUCUCUCAACUUGGAAAAGAGAUGGUUGAGAUGACUGGGGAUUAUACUCCAGACUUGAUGGCCCUCAUGUCAGCAGAUAUCAUAAUUUCUACGCCCGAAAAAUGGGACGGUAUCAGUCGUAACUGGCAUAAUCGAGGCUAUGUUAAAAAGGUUGGGCUUAUGAUUUUGGAUGAGAUCCACUUACUUGGAGCUGAUCGUGGACCCAUUCUUGAGGUUAUUGUUUCAAGGAUGAGAUACAUAUCAUCACAAACAGAGAGGACAGUGCGGUUUGUAGGACUUUCAACUGCUUUAGCAAAUGCAGGUGACUUGGCUGACUGGUUGGGUGUUGGUGAAAUUGGACUCUUCAAUUUCAAGCCUAGUGUGAGGCCUGUCCCUCUUGAAGUUCAUAUCCAGGGAUACCCUGGUAAAUUUUACUGCCCAAGGAUGAAUAGCAUGAAUAAACCAGCAUAUGCUGCCAUUUGCACCCAUUCUCCUAUGAAACCAGUUCUUAUAUUUGUUUCAUCUCGUCGCCAGACAAGGCUUACUGCACUAGAUCUUAUUCAGUUUGCAGCUUCAGAUGAACACCCAAGGCAAUUUCUGAGCAUUCCAGAAGAAGCACUACAGAUGGUUCUUUCUCAGGUUACUGAUCAGAACCUAAGGCACACCUUGCAAUUUGGCAUUGGCCUACACCAUGCAGGAUUAAAUGACAAAGACAGAUCUCUGGUUGAGGAACUUUUUUCAAACAACAAGAUUCAGGUCUUGGUUUGUACUAGCACACUAGCCUGGGGUGUAAACCUUCCAGCUCAUCUAGUUAUAAUCAAGGGAACAGAGUUUUAUGAUGGAAAGGCCAAAAGAUAUGUUGACUUUCCUAUCACAGAUAUCUUGCAAAUGAUGGGGCGUGCAGGCCGACCACAAUAUGACCAACAUGGGAAAGCAGUCAUUCUUGUUCAUGAACCUAAAAAGAGCUUUUAUAAAAAGUUCCUUUAUGAACCGUUUCCAGUUGAGAGUAGUCUGAGGGAGCACUUUCAUGAUCACAUCAAUGCAGAGAUAGUUUCUGGAACAAUUUGUCAUAAAGAGGACGCCAUGCACUAUCUCACCUGGACUUAUUUAUUUCGCAGACUAAUGGUUAACCCAGCUUAUUAUGGCUUAGAUGAUACAGAUCCUGAGAUUCUAAGUUCAUACUUGUCACGGUUAGUGCAAAACACUUUCGAGGAUCUGGAAGACAGUGGAUGCAUCCAGAUGAAUGAAGAUAAUGUCGAGCCUAUGAUGUUGGGUUCAAUAGCAUCUCAGUAUUACCUUAGCUACAUGACUGUGUCAAUGUUUGGUUCUAACAUAGGCCCUGAUACAUCACUUGAAGUUUUCCUUCAUAUUCUAUCUGGUGCUUCUGAGUAUGAUGAGCUUCCUGUGCGGCAUAAUGAGGAAAAUUACAAUGAAGCACUAUCUGCGAAAGUUCCAUGUAUGGUGGAUAAGAAUCGCCUAGAUGAUCCACAUGUCAAAGCAAAUUUGCUAUUUCAGGCACAUUUUUCUCAGCUAGAGUUGCCCAUCAGUGACUAUAUCACAGACUUGAAGUCAGUAUUGGAUCAAAGUAUACGUAUUGUGCAGGCAAUGAUAGAUAUAUGUGCUAACAGUGGAUGGCUUUCAAGCACAAUUACUUGUAUGCAUCUCUUGCAAAUGAUCAUGCAGGGUUUAUGGUUUAGUGAGACUUCUUGCCUAUGGAUGUUGCCCUGCAUGACUAAUGAACUUGAGGGUUCACUGACCAGAAGAGGAAUCUCAAAAGUGCAGCAACUGUUAGAUCUUCCCAAGGCAACUUUGCAGGCUUUGAUUAAUAAUUUCCCUGCUUCAAGAUUAUAUCAGGAUCUGCAGUAUUUCCCCCAUGUUCGUGUGAUAUUAAAGCUUCAGAGAAAGGACGCUAAUGGUGGAAAGUCUCCCACUCUGAAUAUUAGAUUGGAAAGAAUGAAUUCCAAACGGAAAUCCUUGAGAGCUUUUGCCCCUCGAUUCCCAAAGGUCAAAAACGAAGCUUGGUGGCUGGUUCUUGGUAACACCUCAACCUCCGAACUCUUUGCUCUGAAGAGAGUUAGUUUUGCUGACCGCUUAGUCACCCACAUGAAGUUACCAUCAUCAACUCCAACCAAUCUCCAGGGAAUGAAGCUGAUUUUAGUUUCAGAUUGUUAUCUUGGGUUUGAACAAGAGCACUCCAUCGAAGAACUUGAUGGAUCUCAGCAACUGUAAUCAGGAAUCUUGACUAGUUUUGGACCCAAGACAUCCAAAUAUCACAAGAUUUUGAAGCUUCCAAUCAUAGGUAUUUGUAAAUUUAACAUCGAACCUCACCUUCUUCAUCAACACCAAGAGACAAAACAGUAUUUCUAGGUACAACUAAUUAUUCCCCUAGAAUGAAAAGAGUGGCCAAACCAAUUGCUCUUAAGUUCCCUAGCUUCUAAUCUCUCCAUUUACAUGUCAGAUACCUAGUUUUUUGAAGAGAUUUAAUGCCAUCUUGGUUGAUAUAAAGAGUAAUACAGUUACUGCUUAGUUGCCUUCAUUUUGGAAUACUAUUUAUUAGUCUGUGUUUCAGUCAUCUAUUAAGUAUGAAGGAUGAUUGUAAGUUAAAUUGCAAUACCAGAAGAAAAACUUGUCAUCUGUA